UGUCUCGAAUAAUCCAAUAGAGAAGAAGAAUAGAAUAAAUAUACGACAAGAAUAAGUGUGACUUAUCAUUGCGGGCUGUACAAGAAAUGCCGAUCUGAAAAUAAUAGUGCGGACGUGACAGGCGAAGAGUGAAAAAAAAAAAACAAGAAAAAGUUUAACCAUGCAUGGGAUGACGUUUCACCUGGGUUUCAAAGAAACCAUUUUAUUCGAUUCAUGGCGAACGACGGAUGUUUAUGGCUUACUUGGUUCCAUGAUUGGAGUAGUGCUAUUGGGAAUGAUAUACGAAGCUAUAAAAAAUUAUCGGUAAGAGAGUAUCUUAACGUUAAUAAUGCAAUACAUUAUCCAAGCAAAUUAUUAUCGAGAAAAGUCAUGAUAUUCUCGUCCGUACAUCUAUUACAAACACUUCUACAAGUCAUUCAAUUAGUGCUCGGCUUUUUCCUAAUGUUCAUUUUCAUGACGUACAACGGUUAUCUCUGCAUCGCCGUCGCUCUCGGCUCGAUGUUUGGCUACUUCAUCUUCUCGUGGAGUAAUGGAAGAUGCGACAGCUGCUGCUCAUAAAUUGCCAACGAACGUCGCUAAUUUCAGCAAUUAUUCCCAGUCUUAUCGUAAUAACCGCAAGAACUUUCUACUAAACGCUCUGCGAUUCCUUCAAGUUUACGACCUGGAGUACAUAUUUUAUGAGGAAAAAGGCUUUCGGGAUUGGAUUGACGAGUUGAAUAUUGCUGUUAAAGUCCACUGUUACUAUCUCGGUGUACUUUGUUAUGCCAAGACAAUGGUGCUUCAUUAAAACCAGGAAAAGUUACUUUACUCCCUAAAUUGUCGUUUUUUUGUUGUUUUUUUUUUGUCU